AUGGAGAGAAGUACUCGUGCGUGGAUGUCAAUCGUCGUGGUUCAAGCGAUGGGAAGUGUAUGGAUGUGUUAUGCUAAACAAAAAGCAGCAUCUCACUACAUAUCAACACUACCUGCACUUUCUAGAGCACACGCUCUUCCACUCGCUCUUCUUUGUAUCUUGAGAAUCGUUCUCAUUUUCGAUUUUCGAAAUGUCUCGGUCCACGUGGCCCACAUUCUUCUGUCCAUAAUAACUGCUAUCCAUACAAUGUCGGAAGUCUUCUACUAUCAAGCGAUGUCAUAUGGAAUCGUCACCGUCACAGAAGUCACUCUCAACUGCUUUUCGGUCGUCGUCAUGCUCUGCUUCAUACUCUCAUCAUCAUUCAAUUCGUCGGAAUCCGAUGGAAACGGAAAAAGACCAAGAAAAGUGAUCGCGAAGCAUUACAUGGAAGCGGAGAUGUUGACACCGGACGAGGAUGACGAAUUGGUUCAAGCAUACAAAAAGUGGAAGUAA